GCGUAGCCAGUAGCUUGUUUUCCGGAGACCACAGUCUCAGCCGGUGUGGCUGAGAACCACUGCAGGCAAGCUGACGGCCCCUGCGUCGGAGGAGCAAGGAAAGGAUGUGGGUAUUUGGUUACGGGUCCUUGAUAUGGAAGGUGGAUUUCCCCUAUCAGGACAAACUGGUCGGCUACAUCACGGGCUACAGCCGUCGCUUCUGGCAGGGAAGCACGGACCACCGCGGGGUCCCCGGCAAGCCUGGAAGAGUUGUGACUCUUGUUGAAGAUCCUGGGGGUUGUGUAUGGGGAGUUGCCUACAGACUACCAAUAGGAAAGGAAGAAGAAGUAAAAGCAUACCUUGACUUCAGAGAGAAAGGCGGCUACAGGACUGAAACAAUCAUUUUUUAUCCAAAAAAUCCAACAACAAAACCAUUCAGUGUGUUGUUAUAUAUUGGAACAUGUGAUAAUCCUAAUUAUCUUGGUCCUGCACCUCUGGAAGACAUUGCUGAACAAAUUUUUAAUGCUGUUGGCCCAAGUGGAAGAAAUACAGAAUAUCUUUUUGAACUUGCAAACUCUAUUAGGAACCUUGUGCCAGAAGAUGCAGAUGAGCAUCUUUUCUCUUUAGAAAAAUUAGUGAAGGAGCGCUUAGAAGGAAAACAGAACCUCAACUGCAUAUAA